CCGCCGCUGCCGUCCGCCGUGAGCCCAGCCUGUGCUGUUUUCAGGGCCUGUGGAUCCGGCACUGGCAGUGGGAUGUCACCUGACGUAGCCGCUUCCACCACCACUGCCACCACCGCCGCGCCACCGCUGCCUACCACGACCACCGCGGCCCCGGCGGACUCCAGCCGGAGGGAGCCGGUUCCGGGCGCGGCGGCCGGCCCCGGCGCUAGUCACGACAGAGACGGCGCCCGCCGCGAGCAACGCGACAAACGGGACAGUGAUAGGGACAAACGGGACGGUGAAAGGCCCAAACGGGACGCUGAGAAGGACAAGCGUGACGGUGAAAAAGAUAGACGGGAUAGUGGAAAGGACAAACGGGAGAGCACGCGGGAGAAACGGGAAGAGGAGAAGAGCAGGCAUGGCAACAGUCGAGACAAAGAGCGUGGCAAGGAUUCCGAUCGUGUUAAGGAUAGCGAGCGUGGCAGGCGGGACAGUGAUCGUGAUAAGCGCGACAGUGAUCACCACAAGAAGGACGGCGACCGUCACAGGAAAGACAGCGAUCGUCACAAAGGCGACAGCGACCGCCACAAGGGGGACAGCAAGCGCGAGUCUGAUCGCGGCAAGACCGACCGUCGGGACGGCGACCGAGAUAAGCGGGACGGGGACCGGGACCGGCGGGACAAGCGGGACAGCGACAAGGACCGGCGGGACAGGCGGGAUCGGGACAAGAAGAGCGUGCAUGACCGGCGCGGCAGCCGGGAUGAUGACCGGCGAGACCGGGACCGACACUCCAGCCGGGACCGAGACCGGGACCGGGACCGGGACCGGGACCGGGACCGGCGCAGCCGGGACCGACGCUCCGAUAAGAAGAGCUCGCGCAGCCCCGACCGCAAACGGCACGCCAGCUCCGAGGAGGGUGGAGACAGAAAGCGGCCCCUUCCGGCGGCGCCGGGGCCGGCCUUGCCGGCACCCUCCAUGCUAAACCCCUUCCCUUAUAAAAAGAAAAGUCCCGGACCAGACAAAGACAAAGUCAGAGAAAGGCUGGAGAAGCUGCGGAAGCAAGGAGGCCUGCAGACAUACCAGCAGAUCAUGAGCGGGAUAGCGCAGCCGCCGGUCGGCUCCAUGCUGCCGCGUUACUACAAUCAGACGGCGCUCAACGCCGCCAAGUUCGCCGACCAGGAGCGCAAGAAGAAGCUGCUCUGGGGAAACAAGAAGGCGGAGCUGGACCAGCAGCAGGCAGCGACGGCGGCGGAGGUCGCUCCCGGCGCCUGCGCGGCCGGCGUGUGGAAAACGGCCGCGUUCGAGCAGGACAAGGACGGCAAGGUGGCCACCAAGUUCCUCCGGCUGAUGGGUGUAAAGAACGCCGAGGAGGUGGCCUCCCAGAACACGGAGGCGUCCGAGGUGGUGGAGAAACAGAAGAAGAUGUUCCAGGACAUGGAGCAGCAAUACGAGCAGGCGCGCGUCACCACGCACACGCAGAAGGGCUUCGGGCUGGGCUACACGACACAGUACUUGCAGCCCAAGUCGUAGUGACGCGCCAGGGGCCUGGCGCCCUCGCGGCGCUGUGCGCAGCGCACGGCACGGCGAGCGCCCCGUCGUGUGGUGCUCCCACGAACUGUGUCUCGUCUGCGUUUUACGCGUUCUCGGUCGACCGCGGCAGAUCACACAGUGUCGACUUGCCGACAGUGUUGUCAGCUGACGUAUGUUAUGUGGUGUUCCUCUGUGAGAGACAACCUGUGCUCGUUGUAAUCGCUCAUUGGCAUUCUGCAUCGAUUUGCCGCUGGGCAGGGCGACGGCAGUGGGGCUGCGGCAGUAUCUGCGCCCGAACUGCUCGGCAAGCCUCGAAUAAGGAUUGGUGCCAGCUGCCGAUCGGCUAGUGCGGGGUCGACUAAUCCAUACGCAUGUUGUUAUUGCCCCGUGUGUGUGUGUGUGUCCUGGCUGCCACGGACUUGCUCGUGCAUUACAGUCGACAUGGAGCUCCCGCCGUGUUCGGUAAUAAAUCUGUAGAACGACG